AUGUCCCGUUCAAAAGAGUGGACGAGAGUCCUUGACCCGGGGACACAGGCUUUGAUCUCUAGAGUACCUAAUUGUACACAUCAGGAGGUACAAAGUGCAGUGAGCGCGGCCCAGGCAGCCCAGCCGGACUGGGAGGCAUUGGGGUUUCAAAGCCGAAGGGACUAUCUCCUCAAGCUCAUUGAUGUUUUGAGAGGAAUGUCAGAUGAAAUUAUAGCAACUCUAUCUCGCGAGGUCGGCAAAACGGCCGGAGAGGCAGAGUCAGAAGUGUUUAGAGGCAUUGACUGCAUCCACGCGGCAUGUUCAAUAGGUCCUGAAAUGGCGGGCAUGUUUCUUGGCUCUGAUCCUACCAUUCUCCAGACCUUCUACGAGCCACUGGGCGUCUGCGUUACAAUCACCCCCUUCAGUUUUCCCUUCAUGACACCUCUCUGGUCAAUUCCAUAUGCGCUUGCAACUGGAAAUACAGUGGUUCUCAAACCCUCCGAGAAAGCCCCUUCUGUGGCAUGUCUCCUGAGCGAAGCAGCACUCCGCGCUGGCCUUCCUCCUGGAAUCUUCAACCUAGUCCACGGUGGCCACUCGGUUGUCCAGAUGCUCAUUCUGCAACCGUUGGUACAGGCUGUCAGUUUUGUUGGAUCGGAGUCAACAGCAAAACAAGUCCACGAUAUCUCACGCAAAGCAGGGAAACGGGUCCAGGCGGAAUGCGGAGGAAAGAAUCAUGGUGUUAUUUUGGACGAUGCGAGCAUGAUGCCAACGCUAUUUGCAGUCGCCGGGAGUGCUUUCGGAGCUGCAGGACAGCGAUGCAUGUCUCUGAGCGUUGCUGUGUUUGUUGGUGAAACUCGAGAAUGGAUACCGAAGCUGGUUGAGAUAGCCGAAUCUAUGAUCGUGGGAUAUAGUGGCGACGAAGAAACAAAGGUCGGCCCCCUCAUCGAUCGGUCGGCAAAGGAGAAAGUGAUAGGCUUUAUUGAUCGUGCGGCCGAGGAAGGCGCUACUCUUCUAUGUGAUGGACGCGAUGUUCUUGUCCCUGGUUAUCUUGACGGUAAUUUCGUGGGCCCAACGAUUAUCACAGACGUGGAAACCUAUAUGGAGUGUUAUCAAAGCGAGAUAUAUGGCCCUGUCCUCAUCUGCAUGCAGGUUGACACACUCGAUAAUGCUGUUGAUUUGAUCAACCAAAAUAAGUAUGGGAAUGGAUGUUCCAUAUUCACAACCAGUGGAAAGCAUGCGAAAACCUUUCAACGCGCUGUCAACGUGGGACAAAUUGGAAUCAACAUUCCUUUGAUUGCUCCGUAUGGACCCGCGGUGAGAACCAGCAACAAAGCCUCAUUCAUGGGAGAUCGACACGUUCCAGGGAAGACAUACUGGCCUUUCUUCACUACAACUAAAACUGUUUCAGCCCGAUGGGACCAAUAA